AUGGCGACACGGCUGACCAGGACCAGAGAGCUCAUUGAAUGCAAGAGCAGCGUCGCCGAGUUGCAAAACAAGAAUGGAAAGCUUGUCAAUCUCUUGACAGAUGUGUUGGCCGCUACCACCACCGAGAGUGAGGCCCGAAGUCGUGCUGUGCAAUUCUUGACAGAGGACCCUGAGUAUGAAGGUAUCUUGCGAAACGCAAGGAGAUCUGAAUCAGGUACAGAGCCUAUCCCCCGUGAGGCAGGACAGGCGGGCCCUUUCACCACAGGGCAGGAUCCUCACCUUGUCCUAGAAACGAACUCCGAACACCCUAGUCAAACCGAGCACAAACAAUGGCGGUCUCCUGGGGCCUUCAACCUGGUGGGAAUGUCGCGACUCUCGCAGAAAUCCCAGCGCAUCUUGACCGACGAUACCCCUCCCACUUCUGCCUCAUUUCCACCUGCUGCCUGGACCUCCGCCACGGACAACGACAAUCUCGUGCAACAUCUCCUCUCGCUCUACUUCUGCUGGGAAUAUCCCGUCUUUGCAAGUUUGUCUAGAGAACAUUUUCUCCUGGACUUCAACAGUGGUAGAGGCAGAUACUGUUCACCGCUUCUUGUCAACGCAAUACUCGCUCUCGGAGCCCGGUUCAGCGAUAUUCCCGAGGCAUGGAAAGAUCGGCACAGUCCUGAAACUGCCGGAGACCAGUUCUAUGAGGAAGCACAGAGAUUAUUAGGGGUCGAAGACGUCCCAACACUGACGAAAAUCCAAGCUCUGGGGUUGAUGUCCCUGCGACAAGCUAGCCGCGGUAACGACGCGAGUGCUUGGCAGCUUUCUAGAUGGGCCGUCCGCAGCGCCAUUGAUCUGGGUCUUCACCUCGGCGAAUCACAGGACACUCGCGCAAACCGCUUAUUAUACUCGAAUGCUGAAAGGCAGGUCAGUGCUGCCACGUUCUGGGGAUGUUACACACUUGAGCAGGCAUGGUGUCUCACUAUUGGGCGGCAAUCUCAACUCAGACCCGAAGAGAUUCAUGUAACAAAGCCACUCAAGAUCGACGAGAUUGAAGACGAGCCAUGGGUCCCCUACAAUGAUGAAGGCGUCAAUCCGGACACCACGCUGCAUCAACGAAGCAACCUUAGAUCUGUUUACAAGGUUUUCGCAGAGCUUUCCGGAAUCGUACACCAGACCAAUACGAUUCUUUUAUCAGACGACACUCGGAGCAUCAAUGCUCAUGUGAGGGCGCUGUACACCGAGUAUCUUCAGUUCUACAAUUCGCUCCCUGACGCGCUACGACUUGGUGGCAAUUCCACCCCUCCGGUUUUCUUCGCGCACAUGUAUUUCCAUUACGCCAUCUUAUUACUCUUCAGACCUUUCUACAACACGGGAGUCGGGGACACCGUCACUGUCACCAGGGUUGUUUGUAACGAAGCCACCGACAAUAUCUUAUCGCUCGUCCGGUCAUAUAAGAAUAUUUACACCCUCCGGCGCACGCCUGCGUUCUUGCCGUAUGUGGUACUAACAGCCGAACUUGGGCGUAUGGCAGAUCACAGGACCGGUGAUCACAGAAGCGAAAUAUAUCACACUGCGAGUCUCCGAUACCUCAAGGAGCUGGCGCUGUCACAUCCGUUUGCCAUUCGGGCGAUUCGUAUUUGCCGAUAUUUCAGGAGAGGUUGGCGGAUCGAGGCCUCGCCCGAAGACGAACUGGACUUGCCUGAGGUCAAUGAGGAAGCAGGUGAUGGAGUUGCUAUGUCCCACGAAGUGACGUUCUUCCGGCCAGAUGUGGACUUGGAACGACAUCAUGAAGGUGUACCUCAUUACGGCCCGAUGCGCGAUCUCAGUAGGAAUACGAAUACGAAACGCUUCGUGCUGUUUCCGCUUCAAGGUAUAAGUGAAGGAACCAUGAACCUGGAGGAAUGA